AUGGAUAGCGAAGGAACUGCUGAUAUUUCACCAUCUGCUGGAUUUGGUGUUACAGAGGCCACAGUUACCAAAAGAUUGUAUAAAGGAUUGAUCAAAUUUUAAGAGAUUUAAAAGAAUGCCGUCAAUGAAAAAGAAAGAUAAAAUUGUUGCAAUAAAUUUUGA